AUGAAGGAAAGAGAGCAAAAGGAAGAAAUAAAGGAAGGGGGAGAAAUGAAUACUUGUGACGAGUGUGGUGCGAGUUUCAAGAAGCCGGCUCAUCUGAAGCAUCAUAUGCAAAGCCAUUCCCUCGAGAUUGAAGUGGUUUGGAAAAAAAUUGUUAUGGCUGGGCGUGAAGAGCAUUGGACCCCACAGAAAAGAACUCCAAAAUGCAAGAGGCAGCAACAUUACUUUGAAUGGAUCAGUACCAGCAUUGGAUCCCACGGAAAAGAACUCCAAAAUGCAAGAGGCAGCAACAAUACCUUGAAUGGAUCAGUACCGGGUGAGGGACCACCUGUGAAGCUCCAUCAAGUGAGCCUCGAUCACGCUUGUACUGCUUUAAGAGGCCUUUUACUUGGCCUGUGGAUGACUGCCACUCCUGCUACAGGAGGAAGGACCACUUGGCCCGACAUCUGCUUCAGCAUCAAGGGAAAUUAUUUGAACGCCCCGUGCAGGACUGUAAACACCGAUUUGCUUUUCAGGGUAAUAUGA